CGAUCUAUCUGCUUCUUUUCUCUUUUCUCUUUUCUCAUUCAGACACACACACACUUGUUCUUGUGACUUGUGAGUUGUGUCAUCUCAUGAAGCGCUAUCUCUAGCGCUCUUUCAUUGUCUUGUCUUUUUGUUGUGCAAAUGGCACUUGUUGAUGUUAUUCGAUUACAAUUUCAACCCCUUCGGUUCUCAUCUUCCUCUUUCUUCAUAACUCUCUCACCGCCACCCUCAGCUAACUCUGCUAAGAGGGUAUUUUCUCCUGCAGCGCCACUUCCUACUCUUGCUUUCUCGCCCAGAAAGCACUUUCUUUCUUUCAAGGUAUGUGCAACUGUUGCUGAAACUGGUCAGCCGAAAUGGUGGGAGAAGAGUGCACCAAAUAUGAUUGACAUCCACUCCACGCAAGAAUUUCUGAGUGCUUUAAGUCAAGCUGGGGAUAGACUAGUUAUUGUUGAAUUUUAUGGAACAUGGUGUGCUUCUUGCCGAGCAUUAUUCCCCAAGCUAUGCAGAACAGCUGAAGAACACCCUGAAAUUCUUUUCCUGAAAGUAAAUUUUGAUGAGAAUAAGCCUAUGUGCAAAAGUCUGAAUGUAAAAGUACUUCCUUAUUUCCACUUUUAUCGAGGGGCUGAGGGUCAGCUGGAGUCAUUUUCAUGUUCACUUGCCAAGUUUCAAAAAAUAAAGGAUGCCAUCCAGACACAUAACACAGCUCGAUGCAGCAUUGGUCCACCUAAGGGCAUUGGUGAUCUGCUUCUUGAACCUUCCUCUGUUCCCAAGGAUAGACCGGCAGAAUCUGUUUAAGCAUAGUACCUCUACCCACGCAUCUCUAACUUGUAAGUUGUUUCACAAAGGGAUAACCCAAAGAAAGCUAUGGUCCAGAGAAACUUAUGAUAUGAAGGAUAUAUAUGUAUGUACUCUUGUAUAUUUAUUUACCCCCUUCUUUUUUGGUUUUAUAAGGAUAUCAAGCAUAAUUGUUUAUUCUGCUUCAUUCUUGACCAUUCAUGAGCUGAUUGUAAUCAAGUACAUGCAAACUUCAGUGAAAAUGAAAUGUUAGUUUUUAAGUUGUAUUUAAU